CCGACGCCAUACAAAAUUGAUCAAUCUCCAUUAGGGUAAUUUGGAGCGAUCUGCCAAUGAGCUGAACAGGCGUUCCUCCAUUUCAAGAUUGCACCCACUGAGGAAUAGAUGAAAUGAAUUCAAAUUAAAAAUGCUGAAGGAAGUAAAUCGUCUUCACUGGAGAUUGGGUUCUGUGGGAGAUAUGUGUCUUCUGUUCUUGGCAACCCAGCUGUGCUGCUUUCAAUACGUUCACUGCGGAUUUAGAGCCAUUUCUUUGAGUGGAAAGCCAACAUCUCAGAGUAGUACAACCAGCAGUUUGUACCCUUCGUUCAAGGCGAUCGACGGCACCGCAUCUUCGUUUUCGCACACGGCUGGUGGUGACCCGCAUCCAUGGUGGAAAAUCGACCUCCAAAAUGAACGCUGCUUGGGACAAAUCACGGUCCAGAUCCGAUCGGGUUGUUGUGGACAAAAUCGCUUCUUCGGCACCGUGGUGCGAGCAGGACUGAGCACCAACUACACCGAGAAUCGACCAUGCGGCUCGCCGGCCACCGCGGCCCAGUCCUCGCCAGGCACGGUGACCGAGUUCCCGUGCGACACGCCCCGCAGGGCUAGGUACGUCAGCCUCGACAUCGAUCCGUCGAGACCUGGGGUGACAACGCCGAUCCUGCAGAUUGCCGAGUUGACCGUGGAGGAGCACACAACCAGACCAUGCUACCCUCACAUUAAGUCGACCAAAUUUGAGAGGCUGCACAAGAAGGGUCUGAUCGACAACCCCAACCCGUUGUCGACCAAGACCGCCAGAUCCUUGACGACCUGCGCCGAUUUCUGCACGAAGGAGACUGACUGUUUUUCCUUCGAUUUCGGCAAGAGUCUCAAGCAGUGUCGACUCUACAAUCUCAACUCAACGGACAUAGUGAUGACACCCAACGAUGAAUUCGCCGUUUAUACCGUACUCAACUGAUUGGAUUUUCGAUGGACCUUGUUUAUAUCAGAAAGAUGUAAAAAUGUAAUAAUUUCAGACGAAAUUGUACAGUGUGUCAAAAAAAACCCACGAACCCGAUGUUCCCUCAUUUACACAGCUUUAAAAAAAAUACAUUGCAAAUAUCGAUACAUAUUUGGAGAGUAUAGUUCAUUAGCUUUUCAAUAACGAAAAAUAUUUCCUUUUGGGUAAAUAUUUGUUGAGUUAUGGUCAACUCAAAACUGUUUGGUUAACUUCUUAUUUACUUUGCUGCUCCGUCUCUGCCCUCUAAUUGCUUGCCUUUUUUCACAAAAGUCAAGUUUCAGUCCGUGUUCCAAUUACGGCAGUCAAAAUAUUAGUUGCCGUGGACAAAAUAAAAAAGCGGUAUUCGUUUUCAAUUGGCCAUAACUCAAUAAAUGAUUGGAAAGAUUUGUUCGUUGUUGAAAAGCUAAUGGACUAUACUGUCUAAAUAAUAUGUAUAGAUAAUUGCGUAUUGUAUUAUUUUUUAAAGCUGUUAAAAAGAGGGCGCUUUAAAUAUAGAGGGCGCUAAUUAUCAUGAUGUUGUAAUUGUUCACAUGAUGUUUCUAUAGUUGUGUUAUAUAUAGGGUAUUGUUCCAACUUUGUGAAUUUGACGCUCAUCCAUACUGAGGUUUGUCAAGACGCUUUGUUGAUAUCUGGGGGAAAGGUUGAAUGCGCUCAACGUGAGGGUAUAAUGGUAGCCAUAUUGGAUCUUUCAUGUGUCCUCAUAAUUAUGCAGUCAUUUAGAUGUGUUAGAAAAUGUUAUUUAAGCAAGGAGGUAAGUAGA